UUUCUGAGAUAAUUUUCAUAUUUCCAAACAACCAAACAUUUUUUUAAAUAUUUAUGUUUUACUUUACUUAUUUAUAAAAGAGAAAGGCAUUAAAAUAAAUACUAAGGGAUGUAUCAAUAAUAAAAGGGUGUAAUUUUCACACGCGUUCAUAAAAACGUUAAGUAUGGAAGAGAAGAAGUGCCACCCUUGUGAGGAGCCCAUAGUUGACAAAAUUCCACCCUGCCCCUUGCAGUGUAUGUCGCCUAAAUGCAAGGCAUAUAAGGCUCCAAUCGAUUCGAGCAAAACCCCUAUCGUGUGGAUCCUCGGGGGUCCAGGCUCAGGCAAGGGCACGCAAUGCGACAAGAUCAUCGCGAAGUAUGGAUUCACACACCUGUCCACUGGCGACCUGCUACGAGCUGAGGUGAAGAGCGGUUCGGAGAGAGCGAAGAGCCUGGCUGCUAUUAUGGAACGGGGUGAACUAGUCCCCAACGACUUGGUAUUAGACCUGCUGAAGGAAGCGAUGAUCGCAAAGGCUGGUGAAGCCAAGGGUUUCCUGAUCGACGGUUACCCACGCGAGAAAUCGCAAGGCAUCGCCUUUGAGAAAGCCAUCGCGCCUGUUACUGUGAUAAUCUACUUCGAAGCGUCAUCAGAGACCUUAACGAAGAGGCUGCUGGGCCGCGCCGCCAGCUCGGGGCGCGCGGACGACAAUGAGGAGACCAUCAAGCUGCGCCUCAAGACCUUCCUCGACAACAACGACCAAGUGCUCGCGCAGUACCCCGACAAACUAAAGAGGAUAAACGCUGAAGACACCGUCGACAGCAUCUUCAGCCAAGUGGAGAAGAUCCUGGACCCGCUGGUCGCGAAGUGAGCAGACGCCCCGUUAGCUAAUUGUAUAUAAUGUACUUCCUUUACUUAAAUGUAAUGGCCUGUUGAUUAAUUAAAUUUUUAUUCUAAUUUAAAAUAAAUUAUUUUUGGAGUUAA